AUGGCCCCGAAGAAAGAAAAGAGGCCACCUCUUGCGGACGACAUCGGCACGAAGUACACAAUGCUUGACCCUAGGUUCAACAAGCGUCACCGUGCCCGUUUCAUUGAGAAUGGAGUGAUGCUGCCGCCACUACGGAUGAGGGCUCACAAGACGACGGUUAAGAUGGAGUACGACGAUCGGUACACAUCGUUCUUCAGGAGAGCCCGACUAUUGGGUUUCGUCCUGCAGUUCAAGCGUAAGCCGCCGACGCUCGUUCACUCAGCUCUCACGGCUUUGAUCGACCGGUGGCGGCCAGAGACGCACAACUUUCAUCUUCCAUGUGGGGAGAUGACCGUGACCCUCGAGGAUUGGGCGAUGAUUACGAGCAACCAGACUUCUGGCAUACCGCUGUCAUGGCUCCUCGAGCACCGGAGCAAGUGCCCGGAAGAUGCCGAGCCCCGGGUGGUGGAGCAGUACGCCAGGGCCUACCUGUGGUACAUUCUCACGGAGGUAGUGUUUCCGGACUGCUCCGGGAACUCUGCCCUAUGGAUGUAUCUCGACUUCCUAAAGGACCGGGAUGCGGGGUACAGCUGGGGGGCCGCCGGACUCGCCUACCUAUACCAUUCGCUUGACGACGCGACCCAGAGAGCGGAAGUCACGUCCGGUAUGUGUGGAUGUGUAUGGGGCCUCUCCAUUUGGAUGUGGGAGCGAAUCCCGGUGGGCCGUCCGGAGAAGAUGCGCUCGCGUGCAUGGACGGACUAUGGCGGAGAUGACAAAGAUGAUCGGUACCCGACCGUUGCAUACGCUUGGGACGUGGUGCGUGUCUACACGGGCGAAUCGAAGGCCUUGUACAAGGUCUUCAGCAACGAGCUUGAUGCUCUCACGCCUUUCCAGGUUACUUGGCGGCUGUAUAGUGAUGAUCGAGAGUGGGGGUUCGAGCUGAACAGCAUGUGCAAGCAGGACCAGCUUCUCUUCCGAUGCAUCGUGCCCAUGAUUUGUGUCUAUGCCGUGGAGUACCACUUGCCACAGCGCGUUGCUGCACAAUUUGGUAAGGCGCAACACCCACCACCAGCCGGCCACAAUACCGGUGGCUACGACCUACACCAGAUGAGCAGGCAGAAGAAUCAAUCAAUCACGGAUUGGGAAGACGAACAUGCGAGAUACGUGAAGGAAUGGAACGAGUGA